AUGCCUCUCAACAAUUGUGAAGGAGACUUAACUGGAGUCGAUUUUGAACAACUCGAUCCCUCGACUUCCGCCGACGUAUUCUCUCGGGCGGCCGGAGGCAGUAACAGCUACUCGUUAUACCCAUACAUCGACCAAUCCAAGUCGUACUGCUUGAAUGUCGACCAGCCUCCGAGCUCAUCGACAAGCAGCAGAGGGGGGGAUCAGACAGCAAUAGGCGCCAUCAUCCGGCCGAUUCAUACCCGCAACGAGCUCUCGCCAGAGGAGUCACUCGUCACCCACGAGGACACCGGCCCGGAGAUGAUCGUCCACGUAGUCUUCAACCAGCCCGUGCGAGCCCGGACGAUCGUCAUCAACGUCGCCAAAGGGGACCAAUCUCCCCGGCUGGCCCGCGUCUGGACCAACCGCUCGAAUGCAAUCAGCUUCGAUCAGGUGGAUGAUCUCAAGCCCGACCAGGAGUGGCAACUCGAUGUCGAGCUUGAGACCGCCGUCGAGUAUCCUACCCGGGUCUCCCGCUUCCAAUCCGUCUCGAGCCUCUCCUUCGAAUUCCGUGAUCCACCAGCUGGGCAAAGAAGUCGGAUUUAUUUCUUGGGCGUCUUGGGCGACGUCAAGCAACUCAAACGAGACCCUUCAUCCCAACUGACCGUCGGAGCCGAAAAUUCGGCCGACGCAACACUCGAUUCAGUCCGAGAACAAUCAGGCGGAAAUCAGACCACCAUCCGGUAA